AUCCCAACACAGCCAACCAUGAAGUCAACUCUUGCUCUGCUCAUUGUCGCCACUAUGGCCGCCUUCGCCAUCGCCGGACACCUCGGUGGCUACGGAGGCUACGGGGGCUACGGAGGAUACGGUAUCGGAGUUGGACACGGUCUCGGCCAUGGAUACGGUCUCGGCCACGGAUAUGGAAGUCAUUAUGGAGGAUUCGGCUACGGCCAUCCCGUCGGCAGAGCGUUCUCCUAUGGCUCGAAAAUCCAACACGGUCACCACAGCUACGGUCACGGUCUUUCCCACGGUCUUGGCUACGGGCUCGGGCACGGUUAUGGCCAUGGUUACGGAUAUUGAGCCUGGAGCAGUUUGUCUAGCCUGUAAAUUUCCUGUGAAUAAAUCGCGAAUCA